AUGACAACAAGCACAUCUCGCGUCCCCGCAUCACCAGACCCAGAAGAAGAGGAACUAGAGACAGAGAUCGCCUCAAUUCGCGCAGAAAUCCAAAACCUCCAAAAGCACAAACGCUUCCUCACAUCCAGCCUCCUAGCAACCGACCCAAUCCAAAAACUCCUGCGCAAGCAACCCCAACCCCCCACAACAACGGACCCAACCGACCCCCUGACAACAAUCUCCCCCAUCGUCCACAGCGCUGGCGCACACACCUCCUCAAAUCACCACCGCAUUGCCUUCGGCGCAACAGCCUUCCCAUUCAAAGACCCAUCCCCAACGGCUGGCUCCGCGACCCUUCUCGGCGUGCGCAUUGACGUAUGCGCGCGCAAUGGCCGCUUCGCGAAACCAUACUACAUAAUCCUCCAACAUGAGCACAAUCGUGCGGUCUCGGGUUCUGCGAAGAUGUUGAAGGUGUAUCGACACACAGUGCCGGGGUUUAUAUCGAUAGCAAAGCUGGAGAGUGUCUACCUACCGCGUCCUGGUGUAACGCGCGAGAAUGGGAAUGGUCAUCGGGGAAGUUCAUCUGGCGAAGACGAGGACGCUGAGCCCGCGAAGCCGUGGAAGAAGAGCGGCAGCUCUGCCCGGAAACAAGAUCUGCGGGGGUUUGUGCGCGAGCUUCGGAGGGAGCUUGUUGCAUGGCAUAUGCGUGUCGAUGCAGUUGAGUUCCUGCGUGAGAAAUUGGGUCUCGUUGGUGAGGGUGGGGGGUCCUUGCCGUUUGAUGUUUCCCCGGAUCGAGAUACCGGGAUUGUGUCUUUGGCUGCUGUUGCGGUCGAGGCGCGGUAUGUGCGGGUUGAAUGGGUGGAUGGACGGGUUGGGCGGUUUAAGUUGUCUAAUGCUGGGAUUGUGGAGCGGGCUGUUGUUAUUGGCGAUGAAGGUCGGGAUAAGAAGGUUGAGGAUGCGAUGACUGGGGGUGGUGGGAGGGUUGAGACGAUUUUGGAUAGGUUGAGGGUUGAUGUGUUGUCUCGAUCACCUGGGUUAUGA